AUGCCGGAGAAUCACCACCAUGCCAGCGCAGUUCAGCGCGCUGCCGAAGGCGGCUACUACGCCGACCGCGACGACGACGGCGACAACUGCGACGGCCGCUUCGCACGCUCCUCGGCAUCCGUCGAUCGAGCGUCCCUGAGCCACAGCGCACCCGCACACGCACCACCUCCGCGCUCGCGGUCCCCAGACCAGCUCGCCAGCCCCAGAGAACACGACGCUCCACCAGGCAUCGCCGACCUCGACCCGGAGCAGCAGCAGCAAAUUACCAAUGCCAAAAAGUACACUCCAUCGUGCGCGCGCUGCAGGCAAAAGAAGCUGCGGUGCGACACCAAGCUGCCGUGCAACCAGUGCACCGCAAAGGGCCUGCAGAACGAGUGCAGAAAGGACCAGCGCAUACCGAGGGGCAGGAAGCGGCCUAGGACCGAGGCUUCGUCGACGACGACGCAGCAGCAGCAGCUCCACGACCACCACUCUCGCGACCAACAGCAGAGCGACGAGGUGUCGGCUCUCAAACGACGGAUUCAGGAGCUCGAGAAGCUCGUCGGCAGCCAGGGCUCGCCAAGUACGUCGCGCAGCGACCAGAGCGCCCAGCCGUCGCAGCCGCGCAACCCGCAGCCGCCUUCACCCUCGACGUCGCAGCACAACACCACGUCCGGCGCCAGCUCCAUCUGGCCCUCAGGCAACAGCCGAUCCGGCCACCACCCGUCCCGGCCGACGUCGCCCUUCACCGACAUCGAGGACCCGCCCGGCGAGGCCGAGUCGGCCGUCUCGAUCCUCGAAAAGCUGGCGGCCUCGGACCCGCGCAUUGGCGAGCCCGGGCACGGCGCGGCGUCGGCCAAGAAGAUCAACGAUCCGCGCACCACCCAGAUCAGCCAGGACGAGGCCAACCCGUACUAUGGCCGGUCGGUCGCCGUGGCGGAGCGCAUCGAGAUCCUCGAGCAGGCCAAGCAGAUCCUCCCGGAGCCCAUCGUCAUCGACGAGCUGAUCUACGCCUUCAACCUUCGCUGCCACCACCUCGUCGGCCACGUCAUCUUCAUGCCCGCCUUCCGGCGCGACGUGGACGCGUUCAACUCGAUGACGGUCGCCGAGAUCCUCAUGUCGACCCUCGACAUGUUUGACCUGGCGCGGUACCUCAUGGUGCUGCGGCUCGGCAUGCGCUUCUACCCGUGGCGUGGCGGCCUCUUCGUCGACGCCCAGCGCCCCGAGUUUAUCGCGACCGACGCGCUCAAGAACCGCGGCGACGACAUCUCGCUCAAGUGGUACCAGCUGGCCAAGCGGGCGCUGGCGGCCGACCGCUCGUUUUCGCUCGGCUCGCUCAAGGCGGUGCAAGCGGCGCUGCUGAUGAUCCUCGAUGGCCGCGACGCGCCGUCGUACCUGCGGAUGCUGCUGCGCAUCUCGAUCCAGACGGCGCUCGACAUGGGCCUCCACCGCCUGGGCGACGCGAUGCCCAAGCCCAACGACGUGGGCGAGGACCUGGUGCGGAUCGAGACGGGCGUGCGCAUCUGGUGGUACCUCGUCGUCAAGGACUGGUGCUCUGCGCAGCGCGAGGGCGCCUACACGGUGCACCCGGCGCAGAUGACGACGCGGCGGCCGCUCCACACCAACGACGACCGGCUGGCCGAGAACCUGGCCGACGAGCUGCCGCUCGAAGAGUUUAGCGAGAUGAGCUACGUCCUCGGCCAGAUUUCGCUGGCCCACCUGAUCCGCGAGAGCAUCGACCUGCGCAACGAGCAGCCUCCCGGAUCGUACGCCGUCAUGUCGCCCACCAACCGCAAGCGGAUGCAGGCCAAGGUCGAGGCGUUUCUCGGCGAGGAGCUGCCGUCGUUCUACCGGCUGGACAGCACGCGGAUGAAGCCGGGCGUGCUGGCGGUCCAGCGUUGCCUGCUGCACCAGCAGUCGUUUGACUUCCUGCUCAAGCUCAACCGCAAGGAUCUCGCCUCGCCCGACGGCCGCGCCGCGCUCACGAUGCUGGCCGAGCAGAUUGUCUCGACGCAGAAGCUGCUGCGCAGCGUGUGCCCCGUCAUCGACGCGUUCUGGAUCAACUUCUACCACCUCUUUGGUGCCACGCUGACGCUGUCGAUCUCGCUGCUGCUCGACGAGCACCUCGACGAGGGCGCCCGCAAGGCGCGCAGGGACAAGGUGGACGCGGCGCUGGCGUCGAUGCGCGAGACGCCCGGGUCCGACCGCGGCAGCCGGAUCAUUGAGACGCUGCUCGAGGAGGAGGAGCGGUCGUGGCGGCGUCGUCGUCGACGCGGCGCGGGUGGCGGCGUGCGCUGGCAGGGCAACGAGGAGCACCUUGCCGCGCUGACGAGGCGGCUGCUUUCGAGGACGGCCGAGCUAGGGCCUUCGACGGCUGCUGAUGCUGCUGGUGCUGCUGGCGCUGCUGCUACUGGCGGCCCGUCGUUGGAGGCCGGCCUGCCGGACGAGUCGAUCAUCCCGGCGUUCUGCUCAUCGUGGAACGACCCGUCGAGCGACCCGCUAUCCUCGCUACAGCAGGCCAUGACGGCCGUCGAGAGGCAGCCGGUGGCGGCCGUGGUGCGGCCCUACAAGCACUCGCUGCAUCCGUGGGACGAGCCUCCGCUCCCGCCCCCGCCCCCGCCCCCGCCCUUGUCUGGCCCGACCUCCUCGACAGGGCGGUACGAGCAUCGUGGCUACCGGGACGAACCGCACCGACGCACUGCACCAUCCGGGCCCGGUCGGCCGCUGCCGUUCCACCUGAUCGAGGAUCCUCACCGGUCCGCUCCUCUGGCCCGCGGCCUGGACGCGCGUGGGGGCGACGACGGCGACGAUGCCCACUAUGCGCCGCUGCACCUACACCUGCCCCCAGACCAGCACGGACCGUCGUAUCAUCCCUACCCGGCCAUGCACCCGCCCCCUCACACACACCCGCACUCGCACCCACACUCACAUCCACCGCCGCACACGCACGCCGCGUAUCCGCCAUAUCCGUCUGAGCCGGCCUACGAUCCGGACGGGUACCCGCGCGGCGGCGGCGGCGGCGUCGGAUCGAGCUCGAGCUCGAGCGCCCACGGCUACGGCGCGAUUGAGCCUGUGGCGGCGACGGGUGAGGGUGCACUGGGCUACGGCGAAGCGACGCCACCGGAUGCGCACCUGACGGAGGGACUGCUGCUCGACUGGGCGCUGCACCAGGGUAGCCUCAACCUCGCUCCGCAGCAACUCUUCCCUUCUUGA